GCUGAGACGCCAUUACAGGGUCAGAGUUUUAACUGAAACACAAAGGUUUAAUCUAAAGAGAAAGAAGAAACUUUGACUGGGUGAGUUCUGGGACUGAGAGAUUUCUGUAGAAAAUGGCAGAAAAUACUGUGGUUCUUGAAAGUUACCUGAGCUGCCAUGUUUGUUCAGAGACUUUCAGAGAUCCUGUGUCUCUGAGCUGCAACCACAGCUUCUGUUCAAGCUGCCUGCAGAAAUUCUGGGAACAAACUGGAAACAAGAACUGUCCCAUCUGUAAAAGAAGAUCAUCAAAGGUGAUUCUGCAGGUAAAUUUUGGACUGAAGGAACUGGCUGAUUCUUUUACUGGAAGACAGAAAUCUGGAUCAUCUCAGAGAGAAAAAGGAGAAAAGCAGCUGAUGGUCUGCAGUGAACACCAAGAAGCCACUAAACUGUUCUGUAAAGACGAGCAGAGAGCUGUGUGUCCUGUCUGUGAGUUUUCUCUCCACCAGAGUCACAAAGUGGUUCCUAUAGAAGAAGCAGUCAGUGAGCUGAAGGAGCAGCUGAAAUCUGACUUAAAGUCUCUGCAGGACAAGAGGAACAAACACAAACAAGUGGAGAAAACAUACGAUGAUGUGAUUCAACACUCCAAGAAGCAGGUGUUGUCCACAGAGAGACAGAUCAGAGCAGAGUUCAACAAGCUCCACCAGUUCCUGAAAGAGGAAGAGGAGUCCAGACUGGCAGCUCUGAGGGAGGAAGAGGAGCAGAAGAGGAAGACUAUCAUGAGAGAGAUGAAGAGGAUUGAGGAGCAGAUCUCCUCUCUAUCAGACAGCAUCUCUGCUGUUGAAGAAGAGCUGCAGAAAGACAACAUGUCGUUCCUCAGCAGUUAUGAAGCCACUCAAAGCAGAGCCAGAGGUCAGAGGUCACUGCCAGUUUCACAGCUGGUCUCAGGAGCUCUGAUAGAUGUGGCCAAACACCUGGGCAACCUGUCCUUCAGAGUCUGGGAGAAGAUGAAGGACCAGGUGAAGUUCAGUCCCUUCAUUCUGGACCCAAACACAGCAAGUAGAUGGAUCCAUCUGUCUGAUGAUCUGACCAGUUUGAGGAAUGGAGACACAGAGCAGCAGCUUCCUGAUAAUCCAGAGAGAAACACCAGGUACUGCAACAUUUUUGGUUCUGAGGGCUUCAGCUCAGGGAAACACAGCUGGGAGGUUGAGGUGACAGAUCAUCCUGACUGGACUAUUGGUUUGGUUAAAGAGUCUGUUGACAGGAAGGGAGAGUUCAAGGAUGCAGUUUCAUAUGGAAUCUGGUGUUUAUCUUAUUUUGAAGGAAAAUACACUGAUUAUGGUAAGAUUCUCAAAGUGAAGAAGAAUCUACAGAGGAUCAGAGUCCAGCUGGACUAUGACAUGGGGGACGUGUCCUUCUACGACUCUGAAGACAUGACUCUCAUCUGCACCUACAGAGACACUUUCACUGAGAAACUCUUC